AUGAUGCUUAUCAGUAUUCAUUUCUUAUGUUUUCAAUUGAAAAUUACUCACGGUCUAUUCAAUUUAUACAAUACAAAUGAAGCAGGUUUACUGGCAAUGGCAAAUGUAUUCGAUCAUGAUUGUUUAUAUGUCUAUGAUGAUUUGAAUAUAGCGCCCAGUAAAAGUACUUUGAUACCAUAUUGUAUGCGUCCAGAAAUCUCAGAAAAAUUCAUGAGUAAUUCUCAUCACACCGUAUGUUAUGGAAGAGUAAUGACAUUUAAAGAAUUAAAAUCAAUGAAUAUAAGUAUAAGUGAUUUAUUCAAAUGGAAUGCUGUGAUAGAACUGAUUGAUUUAUAUGAAAAAUAUCUUUUUCUCCCAGAUCUUGUUAAUGAAAAUGAAAGUUAUUGUCAAUGUUCUUCUUCAUCUCAAUUUGGGAGAUUUUGUCAAUAUACAAUUGUUGAUAUUAAUUUCGAUGUUGAUGAUGAUGAACAGAGUUUUAGCACAUUAGUACAUAGUUUGACAGCACAAAAUUGGAGACAAAUAUGUAAUGGAAUUGUUGAUUGUAAUCGAGGAGAAGAUGAACCAUUUGAUCUUUGUUUACAACUGGAAUCCAAUCAAUGCGAUAUUCAAACAGAAUUUCGAUAUAGAAAUAAAGAUUUUUAUUUGAAUGAAGAUUCAAGUCUUAAUCUAUGUUCAUUUACUUUAGUUGAUCAAUUUAUAUGUUUAACAAAUAAAAGUGAUUGUAUUCGACGGAAAUUUAUAAAAGAUCAACAAUAUGAUCGUUUAGAUGGAUCUGAUGAAUAUUUGACUAUUGAGAAUAUGGAUUGUGUGACGAAAGAAUGCAUCUUUCAUCCAGAAGGAAAACUUGAAGUUCCUCUACUUUAUUAUUUUGAUGAACUUUGUGAUAAUGUUGUCAAUCGUUUUCUAUUUCCAGAUCAAACAAAUGAAACAGCUGAAACUGAUUGUGAAUAUUGA